AUGGCCCACCGGCCCAAGCAACGCAUCUCCACUGCCCGACCACGAGCUCGACGCCUGCUUCCGCACGUGGCUGGCAGCCCACGACGUCGAGGAGCUCGCGCCGCUGCUGCGCAACGCCAAGCUACAGACCGGACUGCGGCGGUUUGCCUUUGUCCACGGCGAUCUCAACGUCGUCGCGUUCGUGGCUGAGGCCACGUGCGUUGUCGCUGCGGACUGGCUCUUGGCAGCGUCGAAGGGCCACACGUCGGUGCUCGACUGGCUCGAAGCGCGCAGCUCGGCGUACCCGCGAGGCCUUAUGGAGUGCGGCGUCAGCAGCAAUCAGCUGGACGUUGUCGUCUGGGCGCACAAGCGGCAGCUCGACGUCGCGGGUAAUCUGCGCACCGUGGCGGCCGAGCGAGGGUUUCUGGAGAUUCUCAUCUACUUGGACGCGCAUUCGCUCAGCGGCUGGGACCCGAUGGGCGUCUCGAUCGCAGCCGAACGCGGUCAUGUGGACGUGCUUUGCUUCCUCCGCGCCAAGGCGUAUGCCGGGACGGGACCCGUCCUCGUCGACGGGGGCUCCGACGUUCGUUUUAUGUAG